CAUUCAUCUCUCGCACACGGUUCCUAGGUAACAUCUUCUGCAACUAAAAACGCCAUGGAUAAAUCCAAAGGUUCUACAAGAGCAAUAAUGCUUUCACUGUUCGUCGUCUCUCAGUUGAUGAUCAUAUCCACAGUUGGAGAUGGAGGAGUUGCAGGGGCUGAUCCAGGUCCAAACGCUAUAGAAAGAGGCAUCAACUUUAUAAGCCCUUUGGAAAAAUUUACAUAUUUGAUCAAACUUGCUUGGGCUCACUUCAGAGUCCCAGAUUCAGAGAGAAUCAAGGAAGGAGGGUCAAAUGCUGGGGAGUUUAUAAGAAACGUUGCUGUAAAGAGUUUUGAGGAAAGUGAAGAAACUGCGGAACGGAUUGCUAAAGCCGCAGGAGAUGCAGUUCAUGAAGCCGCAGAGAAUGUCAAAAAAAGCGUCUCCGAUCACGUUAGGCAGCAAAACGAUCUCUGAUUAACUAGGGUUUGUAAUUAAUUAAAUGUGCAUGGGUUGCCUGUAGAUUCUUUUUUUU